UCUCCCCAUCACCAGGCCUUAUCCGCCCGUUCCAGGACCCAUUCAGCCCCAUCCGAACCAUGGAUCUGCAAAAGAAGGACCCUGAAAUACGAGAUCCGAACCAAUCCCUGGGGCCCACUGCAGGCUAGCCCUGAGGCUGAAUACGAGAGCAGGACAUUCGCAAUUUUGGCAGGCGUUCAUUCGGCAUGUCGCAGAUUGUUGAAGGGGGAACUAGCGGCUUAGACUGAACUUUGUAUUUGUUGUGGAGGCUGAAGAUGGUCAGGGUCGGUCUGUGUCGGGAUGAAAAUUUGCUUCGUGAUGGGGGUUUUAAGGGGCUGGUUACCCUUUGUGUUUGGAAAGGGUUCGAUCUGAAUUUCUGUUUCGAGUGUUGGAUUCUCUGUUCAUUUCUUGUCGCUCUUUUAUCAAUCUACUUCCGAAGGCUCGCUAUAGUCGUUUCUACAUACCUAUCUUUAACAUACCAACAAGAUGCACGCAAAGCUCCUCACCCUCCUGGCCAUUGCGCCUCUGGCCCUGGGCCAGGACUGGCUCGACGAUGCCAUGGACGCUCUCGAGUCAACCACUGACUACCCCGUCCCAACCGGCUCAGCCGACGCCCCAACACUAGACGACUACCUCGACAACAGCGACAUCUUCGACGACAUCGAGACAACCAACGACUUCGGCUCCAACUCCGACUCCCAGGAUAGCAGCUCAUCUUCCUCUUCCUCGAGCUCAGAUUUCUCGUCAUCCUCGGAUGACACCUCCUCCAGCGACAGCAGCAGCGGCAGCAGCAGCGACUUUGAAAACAUCUUUGCCAGCAUCCCCAGCUCCAUCAUCUCCGAGCUCGCAACCGCGAUCCCGCCCUCCGUCCUUCAGGAACUUGCGACGCCGGCCUCGCUUUCGUCCAUUAUGAGUGAGAUUGCUGAUGGGAAUUACCCGGCUUGGGUUACGGAUUUGCCGGAUGAUGUUUCGAACUAUCUGGAGAGUGCGGGCGCAGCUUUCCCGACUGGGUCGUCUUCGGGUGAUGAGAGCAGCAGCAACAGCAACAAUAACAAUGACAACAACAGCAGCGGUGGUGGUGAUGACGAUGCUGCAGGCAUGUUGAGUCCGUCUGUGCUUGCGAGUGUUGUUGGGGCUGUUGGUGUGCUCGGUGUUGCCCUUGCGUUGUAGGCUGAGGGCAUCGCCCUUGUCGGGGGAUAGGGACGUGGGAAACGAGGUUGAGUGUGGACUGUGUUCUGCGUUGCUCUUAUGCUUUCCAAUGUUCACUCUUCAAUAUAGCAUGACCGACUGCUAGCUAUUUUAGUUACUUGAAUUAAUACCUGACCACUAACACUUUUGAAGUGAUACUGGUGUUUUAGUUGACUGGAUGUGUAGACAGAGAGUAUAUAAAAGACCCACGAGAUCUAUAACCUUGAAGGGAAUGCUA